CUUUUAUUUAGUUAUGAAUGGAUAGUAAUCAUACACUAAUUUUACCCUCAAAAUCUAAACAGGGACUGCAUUCUGAAACGAGGCAUAUCAGUCCACACUCUCCUCUUCACAAGUCUUCCAGUAAUAGCAAUACAGAUGUUGCAUCAAAACAAAGGAAUUCAUUGGAAAAGGAUAUUGAGCAACUACAAAUGCGGUUGCAACAAGAGAAAUCGGUGCGGAUGUUGCUUGAGAGAGCUUUGGGCAGAACUUCUAGCACUUUAUCCCCUGGGCAUAGGCAUUCCGCGAAUCAGACAAAGGAGUUGAUUGCUGAGAUUGAAUUACUUGAAGAAGAGGUUGUGAACCGCGAGCAGCAUGUUCUCACACUAUACAGAACCAUUUUUGAACAAUGUGUUAGUAGGCCAUCUUCCCAACAAAGUUCACUGUUGACUUCUCCUGCACAUGCAAAGAAGGAAUCAAGGAAGCAUCCCACUAUUAUUUCGAGCACCUUUUGUUCUUCAAAUAGCUUCCCUUUUCGGAACUUUCAUGCCCUUUCUACCAUGAACACCCCCGGCAAAGGAAACUUAUUGCAGUCUAAGAUGAGGCAUCCUUCGCUAUUCCGUAGCAAAGCUAACAAUUGUUUUGAAACUACUUCUUCAGAUGAUGUUAAGAAGAAGAAGGGAAAUCCGUCAGCAACAAGCAAACCUUCGGUACAGCUAACUUUAAAAGAUCAUCUUUACCAGUGCCCCAGCAGAUUAUCAGAAGAGAUGGUAAAAUCUAUGGCUGCUGUAUACUGCUGGCUCUGCAGUCCAUCAUCGACAGACUUGGAACAUAAGAAAUCAUCUUCAUCGCGAAGAUUAUCCACCAUCGGGGAGGAGUGUGAAUCAAUGGUUGAAAUAUCUUGGAUAUCAACUGAUAGGAACAACUUCUCCCGUGCAUCUUAUGCCAUAAACAAUUAUAGACUUUUGGUGGAACAAUUGGAGAGGUUGAAUUUGAGCCAAAUGGAAACAAAUGCCCAGAUUGCAUUCUGGAUCAAUAUGUAUAAUUCCAUGAUUAUGCAUGCAUAUCUAGCAUAUGGGAUUCCCCACAACUCUCUGAGAAGGUUAGCCUUAUUUCACAAGGCUGCUUAUAAAAUCGGUGGCCAUGUAAUAAGUGCAAAUGCUAUUGAGCAGGCAAUAUUUAAGUUCCGCACCCCCAGGGUUGGAAAGUGGCUGGAGACCAUCCUUUCAACUGCAUUGUGGAAAAAAUCUGGUGAAGAAAGGCAGCGGAUCAGUACAAAGUUUGGUCUCGAGUACCAACCCCUUUUGUGUUUUGCCCUUUGCACAGGAACUUCAUCUGAUCCUGUGCUGAAGGUCUACACACCAUCAAACAUCAAAGAGGAGCUAGAAGCAGCCAAGAGAGAAUUUCUUCAAUCAAACAUAAUCGUGAAGAAAUCGAAGAAACUUUUCAUACCCAAAUUACUCGAAAGAUUUGGAAAAGAAACCAACAUCUCUCCAGACAAUCUCCUCAAAUGGAUAACCGAAAAUGUAGACAAAAAGCUUGGCGAUUCAAUAACGAAAUGCAUCGAGCAUAAAACCAGCAAGAAAUCAUCCCAGAUGAUCGAAUGGUUGCCUUAUAAUUCAAGAUUCCGGUACGUAUUCUCAAAAGAUUUAAGCGAAAAGCCAUGGUGGCUCUGAAUGUAGGUAGCCAGUUAAUGCAAGUGAUUGGGAAGAAUGAAUGUACAUAGAUACCAAUUGUAGUUGACAUAGGCUUCUGGUUUGUUGUUUCAGUGUUAUACCAACUUCCUGAUGUUUGUUUGUAAUGAUCCUGACUGAGUGUCGGAUUCUUGUUUUC